UUCUUGAACUCAUCCAUGGCUUCGUAUCUCAAAUACGUGAUACCCUUUAUAUUUUCUAUCAUCUUCAACUUCUCUGCCAUUAGAGCACAGGGCCUUUCUUAUCAGUACCAAGUUUGUUCAACAAACAAAUUCACUCCCAAUAGCACCUUCCAAAGCCACCUCACAACCCUCUUCUCUUCCUUAACUUCUGAAGCCUCCAACAAUGUCCAAUUCUUCAACAACACCAUCACGGGGAUAGACUCUUCCUACACAGUCUACGGAUUAUUCAUGUGCAGGGGUGACAUCCCCUCCGACAUGUGUAAUCACUGUGUCGGAAACGGAACACAGAGACUAUCCGCAGACUGCGCCUUGUCCAAAGCAGCAGUGGUGUAUUACGAUGAGUGCAUAGUUAGGUAUUCCAACCGUUCUUUCUUCUCCAACCUAACCAUGCAAGCUGGUUAUGCCCUUUGGAACCCCACCAACAUGACCAACCAAGAAAGCUUCAAGAUUUUACUGUAUGACACCAUGAACAAAACUGCGGAUGAAGCAGCCCAUUUUCCUACUGGUUCUAAAAAGUUCGCCACAAGGGAAACAAGCAUAGACAUAUUUCAGAAGCUCUAUUGUCUUGCUCAGUGCACACAAGACCUGUCUCCCGGCGAUUGCAGAAGCUGUCUGGAUAGCUUGAUAAACUUGGAUCUUCCGGACUGCUGUGCUGGAUCCCAGGGAGGAAGAGUUUAUUACCCGAACUGCAUCAUCAGGUUCGAAAUUUACCCUUUUUUUCGAUCCCUUUCAACGGCACCAACACCAUCACCGGCAGGACUCGUUCCUCCGACCAAUUCAGGAGAAAAUAAAAGAAGUCAAUCUCGAACAAUUACCUUAAUUGUUGUUCCCAUUGUUAGUUUGGCGACUUUCGUGAGUCUAAUUUACUAUGUUCUCAGGAGAAGACCGAGAAAGCUUCGUAAGAUUCUUCUUAGAAAAAAUUUUGGGGAAGAAAGUUCCACUCUAGAAGGAUUGCAAUUUGAUUUGGCCACCAUUAAAGUAGCAACAAAUAAUUUUUCCCUUGAGAACAAGAUUGGAAAAGGUGGAUUUGGAGAAGUUUAUAAGGGUAUUCUUAUGGAUGGACGACAUAUAGCUGUUAAAAGACUUUCAACAAGUUCUAGACAAGGUUCAGUCGAGUUUAAAAAUGAAAUUUUAUUGAUAGCCAAACUUCAACAUAAAAAUCUUGUGACGUUGGUAGGAUUUUGUUUGGAAGAAGAAGAGAAAAUCCUUAUUUACGAGUAUGUAUCAAAUGGUGGUCUGGACUACUUUUUAUUUGAUUUUGGAUUGGCUAGAAUCAUAGACAUAGAGCAAAAUCGCGUGAAAACUAAUCGAAUAGUUGGAACAUAUGGUUAUAUAUGUCACGUGAAUAUGCAAUGUUUGGACAAUUCUCAGAAAAAUCAGAUGUUUUUAGUUUUGGAAUUAUCAUUUUUGAGAUUAUUACUGGUAAGAAAAAUGGAAAUUCUUACGGACCAAACCAAGGUGAAGAAGGCUUGAUGACUAAUGUUUGGAGAAAUUGGACGAAUCGAACACCAUUGAGUAUACUUGAAUCAAAUAUGAAAGAAAAAUAUUUUCAAAGUGAAGUGAUUCGUUGCAUUGAAAUUGGUUUAUUAUGUGUCCAAGAAAAUCCAGACGUAAGACCUACAAUUGCAGAAGUUGUUUCUUAUCUUAAUGAUCUGACACUUGAAUUGCCAUCUCCUCAAGAACCAGCAUUUUUCUCCCAUGCAAUAGAUCCAAAAAUAGUCAUUAAGCAGCAGGGGUCAAGUUCCAACUCAUCUGUCAUUGCUUCUAUACCAUUUUCUAUCAAUGAAAUGUCUAUCAGUGACUUUUAUCCACGAUG